AUGUCUGAGAUCACGGGGAUCGAGUCGGGGGUCAUGUCUAGGAUCCCGAGGAUCAAGUCGGGGAUCAAGCCGGGGGUCGAGUCUAGGGUCCCGAGGAUCAUGUCUAGGGUCUCGAGGAUCAUGCCUAGGAUCAUACGGGUGGCGAGGGUCGUGUGGAUGGUGAGGAUGCUGUGGAUGAGGGGGAAUGGGACGGGUGGUGCUGUGACUGCCCUGGAUACGAAGGUGAGUGGCCGGGAUAAUGAGGCGACUGUCCUGGGUAGUGAGGUGACUGCCCUGGAUAUUUUGAUGAUUCCCUUGGGUGUGGUGGGUAUUGUGGUGACUGAGCAGGAUAAUGUGGAGAUUGAUAUCCCGAAUGCCCAGGGUGAGAUGCGUGUGGUGGAUGUGGGGGGUAUUGACCAGGAUGCUGAGAAGGUUGGCCUGGAUACUGUGAGUGCGGUGGAUAUCCCUGAUGAUCAAAAGGAGCGAGAGGGUUUGGACCUCCUCUUCUCAUAUGAUCCCGAGGGUCACCGCUGUUACCAGGCAAUGCGUGAGGAUGAGGCGGAGGACUGGUCGGAACCAGCGCAAGAGGAUUUUGGUUAUAGCCACGAGGUUCACCAAACCCACCGUAGCCACUACCUGGUGCUGGCGCUGGCGCUGUUGCUGGUUGGUUAUAAGGACUACUAUUUUGUGAUCCCCAGUAGGGCUGCGACUUUAAUGGAGCCGAGGGAGGUCCACUUGGGGCAGACUGUCGAUGACGAUGACCACGGUGUGAACCGUGACGGGAUGAUUGAGGAGGUGGGGGUGGAGGGUGAAUUGACUGGGGAGCGGGUGGCAGUAUAUCUUGGGCGGGUGGGCUAUCCUGACGGCGGCGAUGAGAUCUAG